UUGUUUUGUUUGUUUGUUUGUUUGUUUGUCUGUUUGCUUUUUCAGUUGUUGGUUACCUGAAAGUAUUUUUUGUGGUAUAAAAUUUAAACUCUGUAAGCUGUUUGUCAGUUUCCCAUUUGUUGUUGAAAAGUUUUCCAGUGAUGGGUCCUGUUGCGAAUCCCAUGGUUUUAAGCUACUACUCAAUUCAAAUACAUCUUAGUGCAUUAUUUUAUACCAGGCUACUCACUCAGCUACAGUAUGUAGAAAGUGCUUAGAUUGCACUGUACAUUAAAAAGCAGAUUUUCCUGUUGAUCAAAUGUGGUCUCACCAUUUUUGUUCGCAAGUUCCAUUCAACCACUCAGAUUUACCUGAUUACUUUAUUAUAAAUUGCCAGUUUAUAAUUGUAGUAGCUUAUGAAAACCUUUUCUAUUUACAAGUUGAAGAAAAUUCACCACUUAAGGGGCAAGGAAAUAUUUUGGGCGUCUCCCUGUUACCGGGGACAAAAUAUGGCUGCUUAUCUUGUAACAGUCCCACAAGACACUGCAAGAUGAGGCUCUUAAAAGUGAUUUCAUUUCUGAGCUACAUUUAGACAGUGAGAAAUUUGUCCCCAGCAAACGUCCUUUGAAAAUUCCCACUCAGACACUAAAUGCAGAUUUACCAACAAAAUUCACAAAGCCUGUUUGCCUCUAGGAUGGUUGAUGGUUAGGUUGCCAUCCACAAAAGGCCGUUACCUUUUGCCUCCGUUUCAAAACGAUUCUUCGUACAAAACCUUUCUUGAUUUGCAUGAAAAUGAUUAUUCAUAUGAAUGGUUUGGAAUGAAGACUCGUUUUGACACAGGCAAGAGGCAACUCAGAAAUGGCCUGAUAGACCAAUUUAAUUCAGCCUAACAAUAGUCCUCAGCACGAGGCUCUGGGAAAUAAACCCCACAAACUCUUGUUAUUCCCCAGAGCCUCGUAUUGAAGUCUAUUGUUUUAAGCGGAAUUUUAAUAUAUCGAAAUUGGUCUAUUUGCAACUGCACUGAAGUCAUCCAAUUUCUCGAGUACAACAGGGCGAGGCCUGCAACACUGCUGGCACUGGGUCCCAACUAAACGGAUUAGGGACAGUUAGUCCAAAUGAGAGUCUAAUGAAAAGGAAUUUUGAGAUAAAAUGAAUUGCCGAAUUUUUUACGACCUCUAAAUGCGAGCGUCCGAAUCUCCUUUGGAAAGCUACAAGUCAAAGCGAAUUUUGUUAUUUGCUUAUUUAUUGUCUUUCAGUUUCCGGACCCGGAUGAAUGGUAUAGGCUUGAUUACCAGCCGUUGUUCAGGAUAGAGGCCUAGGGUAGUAGACUAGAUUCGAUAGCGGCAGAAAUCGAACCUAGAAAUAGUUUAAUAGCUAAAAUAUAGUGUUGUUUCGUCAUGAAUGCCCCAAGUAACACCAAAAUAUUUGAUUUACACCUCCUCUUGCGAAGCAAACAUAAGCAUUAAAGAAGCUUAUAGGCUUCUGGAACGGCCGCCCGAACUAAGCAUAAGCAUAACCAUAAGAAUAUCAAAUCCUGGCGUUCUUAUUAUGCUUAUGUUACAGCCGUCCCCACUAGCGCAUAAGCUUCUUAUGCUUUACUUACGCUUGUGUCGCAAGUGAGGACCCGAGCAUGCAUGUGUCCUCGUCCCCUCCCUCCCGCCCACUCCCCACCCCUCUCUCCGGGCAGUAAGUUCCGAUCCGUCUCUUGAUUGCCCAUAUUAAAAAAAAAAGGAGUAGAGGAGUUACUGUAGAGAGAAAAAGUUUUCCCCGUCACAAGAUAUCAGGCCUCGUCUGGCCUUUGGUCUGAAAUAAUUCCGCAAAAGAAAGAAGAUUUCCGCCUCCCCACCAAACUAGUCAAACUUAACCGCCACUCUACCGCACACUUCCUGUUUAUCUGUUCAGCGGUUGCAAUCGAAAAAUUACGUGGCUAAAGAAAAUGGCGGCCGGUCGUGCCUGUGUGGCUUCGUCGUGACAGAACAUGGUGUGUUCAUCUGAAAUGAGUCCGCUGAGAGGGUUUCCAAACAUUGUGUGAUGAGAAUGGCAGCUUUUCUUGACAGUGAUAGCAGUGAUGGGGAGGAUUUUGAAGGUUUUGUUGUUAGUCCAGAAGAAAAGGCGAGCUAUAAAAUAUGGACAAAGAAAAGAAGAGCUUCAGUGGCAUUUGAUGACAACAGUGAUAGUGAAGACAAUGUGAGUGGUGAUGAGGAUGAUGAGGAGGAGGACGACGAUGAUUAUGACGAUGAUGAUUAUGAAUCUGCUGAAGAAGAGGAUGAAGGAAAUGAAGAAAAUGAUGAAGUGGAUGAUGCACUUGGUGACAUAAGCUUACAAGAUUCUGGUGAUGAGAUGUUGUCCAGCCAUAGCGACCAAUGUCCUGUGUGUUUGAUGUCUCUCAAGGAACAACUGCUUGGGACACCCAACAACUGUCCACAUGUGUUCUGUUUUGAGUGCAUCCAGGAGUGGGCUAAGAAUGCCACAACUUGCCCAGUGGGACGCAAACCAUUCACUGAAAUAUUGGUUCAUGCUACAAGGAAGGGGUCUGUCUUACAAAGGAUUCCAGUCGAAGAAAGAAAAGCCAGUGCUGAUGAAGUGGAGGAAGAUCCUACUUACUGUGAGGUGUGUGGUGGCUAUGAUAGAGAAGACAGAAUGCUAUUGUGUGAUGAGUGUGAUCAAGGUUUUCACAUGGAAUGUCUGACUCCGCCUGUUGAGUAUGUUCCCAUCGAUGAGUGGUAUUGCCCUGCCUGUUCCUCUCAACUAGAGUCCCACGAACAUCCCGAGGAACUCCCAGGAGAGGGACACGCAGAGGACGGUCUGAGGGAUGUACCACGUGUACGGGCCACGCGUGGAAGACCACGAGGAAGUACUGCGAGGCGCGUUUCCGAUUUGGGACGAACAGGCACAACUCGAAGGGCUCGAACCGUUGCCUCUACACGAGGACGAGGCAGAACUCAACGCGGACGGGGACGGGGGAGAGGACGGGGAAAGAGUAGCAGUCGAGGCCGCGGCCGAGGAGGACGGCGGUCAAGUACAAGAGGUCGACCAAGCUCAACAACAACAGGACGGAAAAAGAGACGAAGAAAGAAAUCAAGUCGAAGUAAAAAGACGACGGGUUCUUCACGUACAAAACGAGGCAGAAAAUCCUGCAAAACGAAAACUCUUAGGCCAAUCAAGAGGAGACGCAUAGCCGAGGAAGAUGAAGUGUCCCCGUUUAUUUAUGAACCUGUAAGGCGUGGCAGAACAGUUCAUGCUCGACUACUAGAAAGUUUGAACUCACCGGGUCCUACUGCGGAGUCCGGGCGAUCCGCGUCCCUAGGGAGAGUGCCGUUCCCUAGCAGAGUCGAAGCGAGCUCGAGCUUUUCGUUAUUUGGGAACGCGUAUGCUUUACAUGAUUUCGCUGAUGAAGAGGAAGACACUCGAGAAGCAUCAGAGGUGGAAGACAAGACUACAGCUUGGAGCUCGGAAUCAGCCAACCCAGAUGUCCUGGGAUCCAUAUUUCAAGGCCUGGAUUCUUUACUCAGUUCCAGUACCAAGGUUGCACGUGAUGGUAAGUUAUUAACAAGCGCUGGCCAGUCGGUCUCUAAAGGAUCUUCAAGCUCAAAUGCUAAGGCAAGCAAGGAUAGCUUAGCUUCUUGUGAAGACGAAGUGAAACUUAGCUCUGAUGUGGAGAUUACACAAAGAACCGCCGUUGAAGGAAAACGUUUAAAGGAAACCGACAAAAGCUCAAAAGAACCUGAUGUCGCCAUGCACUCCUCAAAAGACGAACGUCAUUCUGAUAACAUGUGUUUUCGUGAAAAUAUAUUUGAAAAGGUUUCAUUAUCAAGGACUGCUAGCAUGCAUGCUGACUCGCGUAGCGUGCUCUCAGAUACAAGUCGCCCUCAGAAAACGUUUUCUCCGUCGCCUGUAACUGAAAGGAGAUCUUCCUCGCCGUCAAUACCUGCAUCGUCGAAGUCUGCGCUUUCCAGUUUUAGAAUUCCAAAGCGGAGUUCGAAAUCGCAAGAUGAGCCGAAUCCAGCGUCACCAAGCUUUGAUGUUGGUUCUCCUCUCAUUAAACAAGACCCAAGCCCGAAUUCCUUUAUUUCGAAAUUUAAGAUACCAAAACGAGCCAACAGUAUGUCUUGCGAUGAUAGCUCAAAAAAAGAGUGCUCAAAUACUGGUGUUAGAAAAUCUGUUGGACAGACUUUCCCAGCGUCUUCAACGUGCAGGAUUGACCAAAAAGUGUCGUCGUUACGUUUUACCUCUCCGAGCAAAAGCGUUACGUAUUCCAGUUGUGUCACGGUGUCAAAGACUGCGAAAAGUUCUCUUACGUAUACAAAUAGUGUUAGACCUAUGGUGCAAAAGAAUGUUCAGCGGAAAAAUUCCUUUAAUUCAUCAACAACUAGUACUGAACCUAGCGUGACCAAUUCAGGUAGCGUCAUGAGAAGUCACGCAACAAUGAUAAGGACGAUAAGUAGCAACACGACUCUCUCGGGUGCUGCCAUUUCAACAACAACAUGUGUCCCUCCUGUUAGUGGUGGUGGUAGCGCUGCUGCUGGACUCAGCGUGACCAAUUCAAGUAGCGUGACUACAUGUCAAGCAAAGAAUGUCACGCAAAGUCACACGUCUACCGCGAGUACUACCGCACGUAGAGUAACGAGUUCGGGUACAGCGACGGCAUGUCACGUAGCGAAAGCCAGCGAUAUCCUUCCCACUCACAGCAAAACUUCAUCCAGCUUGACUAAAGUAACGCCUUUAAUAGAUCAUUUAAAACCGGUAGAAGGAAAAGAACAACGUCGCAGCAAUAUCGAGAUCAUAAAAAUGCUGCAAGAGAAACAGAAAAACAUGAGGCAGCAGUUGUCAUGUGAUCGUAAAGGUUCAACUAGCUCUCGCCCCGGACACAGUGGCAAGGUAGACACGAACGCGUUACCGAGGAAAGGAAUUCACGUUUCAGAUAAAUCUUCGACUUGUUCACGCGGAGUUUCGCUACCAGUUGCCAUAGUGAAGCCAUCGCCUCAGGUUCCAAGCCUGGCGGUAAAUGCGUCAAGUGUAAUUCCGGGUAGCAGUAUGCAGAACUCGCCGGUAAAGAGUAUUGCAAGUGGGAUUAUCGAUGCCCACAGCUCUAACACGUGGGAAUUCAAGCGAGUGCGUUCAGCAUCCGGUUCUUACAGUGGACAUGAAAUGACAGCAGGGAAACAGGACGGGACGGCGACAAGAACUAAUGGCGACAGAGAGCAACAAAGAAAACUGGGAAUAGCGCGACUCCAACGACAUGAACAAAUAGUUGAUGAAGUGAAGCUAGCACUGAAGCCAUUCUUUAAACAUGGAGAAAUCAACAAAGAUGACUACAAACUAAUAAUGCGAAAGAGUGUGGAAAAGAUUAAAGAGUCCAGUAGCAGUGUGGACCGUGACAGAGUUUGCCGACUUGUGAAGAAGUACAUUAAAAAAAUCAAAGGCGUCUACUUCUCCAGUUCACCUUAAAUUUGGCGCCGCUAGAUGUUUAUUUAAAAUCACAUGGAGGAGCAUACUUGGACUUCAAGCCCUUAAUUGGUGUAAAAUGUCAGUUCGGUUUUGUUCAUGGUAGCACUCGUAUAUAGACAUUUACUUUUGAUAGAUUUGAACAUCUAAGUAAGCUGUAGAAAAGCCCUUCAUGAAACUUUCAAAAUAUCUAAAUUUUAAAUCUAUUUUCUUAGCUUUGUAAAAUAUUUAACUGAAGGUACUUUUCUAUAAGUGUUUCAAAAGGGUCAAUGGUUGUUUUUAAAUUUUAAAAUAUUUGCCUACGGAUAUAUCCCCAUAGAUUUUUAUAGUCUUUUGUCAGCGACAUAUUCGACAAGGUUUAAUUGCUGGGGAAUGGUUAGGCCAGUUUCUUGGCUGUAAAAGUAUAUGCUCUCCGCAUGCUAGAAUAUAAAGCUCGAUCUCUAGUAAAGAACAUUUGCGAGUUGUCUCGUGCCUCAGUUUCAAUUCGAGGCCUCGUGCAAAGCCUACUAUAUGGAUACCUGAAAUUAUAGAAAUCGAUUUGCUAUGCGUGAAAGGUUUUGCAGUAGGACUAACUUUCGAACAGAAACAAGAUUGCAAGGAACUGUCGAAUUUCCGUUUGGCUCAUAGAAGAGGAAUGUAGUCACCGGGCUUAUUUCGUUACCAUUUGAAUAAGGUUUCAGGAGAAGCCUCCACUGAAAGUUGUUUAGUUUAACUGCAUGGGUUAAAGGAAAAACCGGUUUCUGUGGCCUUAAAGCGGUCUUGUUCCUUUGCUUUUAUAGUGCUUAUAUCGCAGCACUAAGAAGGUACAUGAUUCCACUGCUGUGUUCUAGGAAAGUCAAGUUUUGUUUUGUCUGUAAGCGGUGUCUCAAAGCAGAUUGGAAGUUAAGUUUGGUUAUAAUCAAGAACUCACAUUGAGGUACAUAAGUAACGCAUGAUUCAGAUAUAGAUUUAUAAUACUGCUGGUGAUAGUUAAUUUGUUUUUGUGUUUUAAUCAUUCUGUUGGCAUGUUUUGUAGUGCUAGAUGAUAAUUAUAAGAAACACCCAUUUUUUCGGUUUUUAAAUUUGCGAAAUCGUUUUACUAUUUUCACUACCGUAUUUGUAGAGUAAUAUAAUAUGAUGUGGAAAAAAACCUACCUUAAUUCUUCCCCAGAAACUAAAUGAUAUAUAAUUAAUAUAUUCUCCGUCUGCCACUGCCAGCGGUCUUUCGCUAAGUAUUAGUUUAGUUGCAUCUAGCACACACUCUCAUUAUUGUUUUUGUCCCGUAGUCAUAUGUCUAAAGGCCCAUUUACACAGGCGAUUUUUGUUACCCAACAAACGAUGUAAUAGACGAAUUUCGUAUUCUCGGUAUUAGACUGGAACUAGCAUGCAAUGGAGGCUUAUGCGGGGGAAUAUCAUUAAAAAGAGA